UAACCUCAAAAUUUUCUGUAGUCAUUGACGCAGGCGCAGAUGCUGUUUUUUGAUUGAUAUAUAAGGCUGUGGCAGUACAAAGGAAACAUCUCAAGUAGUUUUUCUGGAGUCGCGGUGGCAGUGGUAUUUGAAAUAUGGCAGAGGUCAUUGAUUGUAAUUUUCCUGUUUGGGGUCUUUUACCUAAAAAAGAAACUGGUGUCACUCAAUUUCUUACCAAAUAUCCUGAAUAUGAUGGUCGAGGAGUCAUCAUUGCAAUUUUUGAUUCAGGGAUUGAUCCUGGAGCUCCUGGUAUGCAGGAAACUUCAGAUGGAAAGCCAAAAAUUAUUGAAAGAUAUGACUGUAGUGGAGCUGGAGAUGUAGAUACUAGUAAAAUUGUACAGGCACCAGAUGGAUACAUAAUUGGCAUAACUGGUCGUAAAUUAAAGGUUCCAUCUAAUUGGGUAAAUCCCAGUGGACAAUAUCAUAUUGGAAUAAAAAAUUUAUAUUCACUAUAUCCAGGAAAACUAAGAGAAAGAGUAUUAGUAGAAAGAAAAAAACGUUUAUGGGAUAAUAAUCAUAAAUCUGCACUUGCAGAAGCAUCUAGACAAUUACAAGAAUUUGAAGCAAAGAAUCCACAAUUAACUACUUUAAAAGAAAGACUAGAAAAAGAGGAACUUGAAGCCAGAGUUGAAAUAUUAAAUAAUAUUGAGAAAAAAUAUUCGGAUGUAGGACCUACUUAUGACUGUAUUGUUUUUCAUGAUGGUGAAGUUUGGAGAGCAUGCAUUGAUACUUCUGAAGAAGGUAAUUUGGAAGCUGGUGUCUUUCUAGGAGAAUAUACUAUAACAAGGCAGUAUGCACCACUUAUACCUGAAGAUCAAUUAAAUAUUAGUAUUAAUAUUCAUGAUGAUGGAAAUACAUUAGAAAUUGUUAGUUUAUGCUCAAGUCAUGGUACACAUGUAGCUUCAAUUGCGGCUGCAUAUUUUCCUGAUAAUCCUGAAUUAAAUGGUGUAGCUCCUGGUGCUCAAAUUAUUUCAUUAAGUGUUGGAGAUGGCCGUAUUGGUACAAUGGAAACAGGAACAGCAGUAGUACGUGCAAUGAUACAUGUAAUGAAACACAAAGAGAAAAUACAUGUAAUAAAUAUGAGUUAUGGAGAACAUGCUCAUUGGUCUAAUACGGGAAGAAUAGGAGAAUUAAUGAAUGAAGUUAUCGAUAAAUAUGGCGUAACAUGGGUAGCAUCUGCUGGUAAUCUUGGACCUGCUUUAUGUACUAUUGGCACACCACCAGAUAUUAGUUCUAAUAGUGUAAUUAGUGUUGGUGCUUACGUUUCUCCUGAUAUGAUGGUAGCUGAAUAUUCUUUAAGAGAAAAAAUGCCUGGUAUGUCAUAUACAUGGUCAUCUCGUGGUCCAAUGAUUGAUGGUGGAGCUGGAAUUACUGUAUGUGCUCCAGGAGGAGCUAUAACUAGUGUUCCCAAUUUUACCUUAAGAAAAAGUCAACUCAUGAAUGGUACAAGCAUGGCAGCUCCUCAUGUAACUGGAGCUAUUGCAAUACUUAUAUCAGGGCUUGUUGCCAAAGGUUGUUCUUAUUCUCCAUAUAGUAUAAAAAGAGCACUUGAAAACACAGCUCAUUAUAUACAAAAUCUAGAUCCUUUUGCACAAGGUUCAGGAUUAUUACAAGUCGAACGUGCAUUCGAUAAUCUUAUUACUUACUGUGAUGUACCUGAAAGAGAUGUAAGAUUUACCAUUAACUGUGGUCCAAAUAACGCUAAAGGAAUUCAUAUGAGAAGCAGCAUUAUUGAUCGGCCAAAAGAUUAUGCCAUUACUGUUGAACCUGUAUUUCUUAAUAGUGAAAAUACUGAUCCAGCACUCAAAAUUGCUUUCAAUUUGAAAUUGACUUUGGUAUGCGAUGCAUCUUGGGUACAUUUUCCAAUACAUCUUGAUUUAAUGAAUAUGGUUCGUGCAUUUGCGAUCAAAGUCGAUGGCUUCAAUUUACCCGAAGGUGUUCAUACAACUAGUGUCCGCGCUUAUGAUGUAACAGAUGUUGCAAAAGGUCCAGUGUUCCAAAUACCAGUAACUGUAGUGCAACCACAAACACUGCCAAAAACUGCGAUCCUUCCAGACUUAACUUAUACAAAUAUUUUAUUUAAACCGAAUACAAUUUAUCGACAUUUUAUUCUCGUUCCUGAAGAUGCAACAUGGGCGGUGAUUAGAUUAAAGAGCACAGAAAAAGAUAAAACUGGAAGAUUUGUGAUCCAUAGCGUUCAACUGAAACCUCGACUUUCCUGUAAGACUCUCGAAGUUAAUAAAUUGUUUACUGUUACUUCUCAAUCAGAAAUUGUUCAUCCAUUUGCUGUUCAGGGCGGAUUAAUCUUAGAACUAGUUAUUGCAAAAUAUUGGGCAAAUAUAGGCGAUAUGUUAGUCGAUUAUGUCAUAGAAUUUCAUGGUGUUCGUAUGAUAAGUGGGAAUCUUACAAUGCAAUCUGGAGAUGGAAUAAAUCGUUUAGAAGUCCGAAGUUCUCUUAGAAAUGAAGAAGUAGUUCCUAGUAUUUGUCUCAAAUCAUCCGUACAAAUAUUGAAGCCCACUGAUUCAAGGAUUGCACCUUUACGAGAACGAGAUAUUAUUCCGCCUUCGCGACAAAUUUAUGAAUUACAAUUAACAUAUACGUUCCAUUGUGCAAAGGCAACUGAAAUAACUCCAAAUGCAGCAUUACUUAGCGAUUUAUUAUAUGAAAGUGAAUAUGAAAGUCAAAUGUGGAUGAUAUAUGACAGUAAUAAACAACUUAUUUGUUGUGGAGAUGCAUAUCCAUCAAAAUAUUCUAAUCAAAAAAUAGAAAAAGGCGAUUACACUUUGAAGAUACAUAUACGUCAUGAAAAGAAAGAUUUACUUGAUAGAUUAACAGAAAUGCCGUUUCUUUUGAGUCAUAAAUUAAGUAAUCCAAUUAAUUUAGAUGUUUAUGCCAGUCAAUCACAAGCUAUUAUUGGUGGCAAAAAAAUGAUAGCAGCUUCAGUUCCACCUGGUCAUAUUCUUCCUUUAUAUAUUGCUCCUAUAUCUAAUGAAAACAACUCUGAAAACAAAGUUUCCAGAGGUAUUACCUUAGGAAGUGGUAGCUAUUUACAGGGUACAUUGACUUUUUGCAAAGAUGAUAAUGGAAAAAAAGUGGAUUGUCACACAUUUAAAUACAUUUUGUCUGAACCAAACAAGAAAUCUAGUAGUAGCAGUAGCAGCAGUAGUAGCAGUAGUUCUUACAGUUCAUCAAACAAAGAAAAGCCUACUAAAUGGGAUGAAUAUAAUGAAGCACUUAGGGAUUUCAAAUGCAGUUGGCUUACAAAACUUGCGCCUUCUACGAAACCUGGUGAAUAUGCAAAUCUACUAUAUGGAGAAUUGAAAAAUCUCUUCUCGGAUCAUUUACCUGUUCACACUGCCAUGCUGAUUUCUUUGGACUCUCCUGAAGCUCGACGUCAUGUACCCCAUGAUGAUAUUUCAGAAGAAUCUGUUUCUCUGGCAAAUCAAAUAAUAAGUGUCGCAGAUGCUGUAAUUACUAAUAUUGAUCAAGAUAAACUCUUAGCUUAUUAUGGCUUGAAAAGCGAUCAACGUGAUGAUGCAACAAAAAUUAGGGCAACUAUGGAAAAACAAAAGUUUAGUUUGAUAAAAGCAUUAGUGAAAAAAGGGUGUGCAUUAUCGCGAUUAUAUGUACACAGUGCAAAGAAAGGAGAAGGAGAUCGUCAAUCCUAUGAACAUUUAUUAGAUAGUGUAACACAUCAUUGGCAAGAAGUACAAAAAUUUGCUGAACCAACUGAUAUCAAGGUCAUUUCUCUUUCAUUAUGGCAUGCCCAUAUUAAUAAUCAUUAUGGUCGCUAUCUAAAGUUAUUAUUACGUUAUUAUGAAGAACAUCCAUUAAAAGAAGUUGAUGAAAAAUGUAUAGAACUUGCAAAUAUCUUAGGAUGGGAACAUUUAUCACGUCAUAUUAAUACGAGUAUACCAUCACGUUAUCCUCCUUCAUUCAGAUCGUUUUGAUCAAUAGUAUGAUAAGAUCACUUUGAUAUUUUGACAAGGGAAACUAUCAGACAGUUUCCAAUGCAUCUCCACAACAGAAAUAUUUCUGUGAGUCAUUCAGGUGUACUAUACACUUAGCAAAAUAUAAUUUUGUUCAUAUUAAAAAAUAUAUAUAGAGAGAAAAUGUGACUCUAGAAGAAUAUUUUAAUUUUUAACUAUAAAAAAUUAAAUAAUGUUCAUAUUUGCAACAUAUGAUUUAUUUCAUGGAAAUCGUAACACGCUUAAUCAAUUUUAAUGAAUCACAAAGCAAAAAUUAUGGCAAUAAUAUAAAAUAUGUAAUAAAUAAAUCGAAGCACAUUGCUAAUAUUUAUGCAUCAAGGACAAUGUUAAAAAAUAUGACAAUACAUGUAUGUGUACUUGCACAGAAAGAUUAUAUUAUCAGAAGUAUCAUUGUUUCUAAUAGUGCAUUUUUAUGAUGCUUAAUGCAUCAAAAGAAGAAAGAAGCGUCGUAAUAUCAUAGAAAUUAUUAUAAAUUUAGAUAUUAAAAUCUUUGAACAAUAAUAUGUUAUUUGAGAAUACCUCAUUUCAAUUAACAUAAUAUGUAUCAUUUGAAAUCAUUUAGAUUUUUCCAUUUUUACAAUAUAUUAAAUGUAAAUAAAUAUAUAUUAUAUAUAUAUAUAUAUACAUAUAUAUAUAUAUAUACAUGUGUAUACAUACAGGUAUUUUCUUUAUAUCCAUAGAGUAACUUUAUCUUAUUGAAUUCUGUUAUUUAUAAUUGUAUACAUGACUUGUGUGAUUGUGAAAUCUAUAUACAAUAUACUCAGUUUUUGUUGUCAUUGUGUUAUAUAUAACAGAUAUUUUUUUCACUUUAUGCAAUAAGUGUUAAGUAUGAACCGAUGUAUAUAAUGAAAAAGAUAAAAUAAUUCAAACUCUAUUUGAAUUUUAUAAUGAAUGUAAAAUGUAAAAGAUGAUUCAUAUUUUUUCACAUAAUGUAACAAAAAUAUUAUAAAUUCAAUAAUUGGAGAAUAAUUAAAUAACACGCAUUGCGCAUACCAUUGGUGGAAUGCCAAUAAUGUACGAUUACAAGUCGAGAUACAAAUAAUAAAUGCACUAAUGAAAUUUAUAUUUAAGAUAUUGAUUUUAUAAAAAGAAAUAGAAUAUCUUGUUUUCGGAAUACAAUAUUGUAAACGUAAUAAGAUUUUAAUUUUGUUUUAUCAGUAUGAAGGUGUGUACAUAAAUAUAUUGCAUUAUAACUUUUUAAUUUGAUUUGUGUGAAUUCAAAAACAAAUUCGUUAUUCGACCAGCUUCAUGGCUCUUAAUAGACGGAACAUGAAAUCUUUUGUAAGUCAAGAUAAGAAAAAAUGCUUUCACAUAUAAAAUUUAAAAGUAAUAAAUGGCAUAUCAACUGAA